UAAGCGUAUCUGUUAAGUCUCACUCAACUCUUCUUCCUUUCGCGCUUGGCCUUUCGCAUUUUUCCACAGAGAAGAAAGAUAUGGAAACUUUCCCUUUUGGCUUCUGGCUAUUGCUAUAAAUGACUUAUCAUCGUCUUUUGAUUUAUCAUUCGUCAACCUCUAAAAUCAAAGAGCUGAAAAAAUGGCUUCUUUCUUCAUUUACACUAUUUCCAUCUCUUACCUUCUAAUUAUGCUUCCAAUGUUUAUCUGUAUCUCCGACCAAGCUUUCUCAGAGGAUAUUUCUGAAGCUAUAGCAAUGAAAAGAAUGAUGAAAACAAGCCACCUACACUUUUACUUCCAUGACAUUGUUAGUGGUAAAAACCCUUCGGCCAUGAAAGUUAUUGGGACAGAAAUUAUGAGUUUUGGCACAACUUUCAUCAUAGAUGAUGCAUUGACUGAAGGUCAAGAGCCAACAUCGAAAAUUGUAGGCAGAGCUCAGGGGCUGUACGCCGUUGCAGCACAGAAUGACCUUGCAUUGCUAAUGGUGAUUAACUAUUCAUUUACAGAUGGGAAAUUCAAUGGAAGUAGCAUCAGCAUUCUUGGGAGGAAUCAUGUUUUUGAUGAUAUCAGAGAAAUGCCCAUUGUUGGAGGCACGGGACUGUUUCGAUUCGCUCGUGGAUAUGCAUUGGCACAUACAAUUUGGUUUGAUAUCAAGACAGGAGAUGCAACUGUAGAGUAUAAUGUGUUUGUUCAACACUUCUAAUUCUAUAGAAAAUUAAGUAGCAUGAUUGAUCAAGGCAUGCAGUUAUCUGUCAAUUUUUGAUAGAUAGAUUUGGUUUAAGCUAUCUUGUUAAGUUAAUGUUUUCCGUCUAUUUUGUUCAUUUUAUUAGUUGUUCUGGACCAAACUGGCUAAUAUUAGGGCAGCAGAGGAAUGGAGUUCUUUC